GCCAGGAUACAGAGGAGUACGGCAUGUAGCCGACAUGCUCGGUUGUUAAUUACUGGACAAACAAGUACACGUGUAUUAGUGAGUCGGAGAGGAUGGCGGGUGAUUGAGCUGGUUAGUUGGAAUAAGAAGAUAUCCAAGGAUGGCGUUCAGGAACGAGGCGGAAGGCACAUUGUCAGCCCCCAGUAGGCAAGACAGGAAGCCCAGCUCUAAGAAGCGACGAAGCCAGGUUGUUGCUGUUCCUAACCCGUGGGGACUUGCCACAGUGAGACUUGCAUGGGAAGAUAAAAUUCGGAUAUCACCGAGCAAUGAGUUACUAAUACUGAGGGCCGUGUUAAAACCUCGUAGUCUAGCCAUGCCUCCGGGAAAGUUCGACACCACCACCACCCAUGGGAUCAAGAAGAAAAUCAGGCCGAGCUCGGCUGCAGCCAAACUUCAAAGCCAUCCGUCCUUCUACACCAAUAUAUUUGACAAUUCUCGCCCGGCCACAGCGACAACAAGUACCCGAUCCCCUGAGGCCGGACAGCGCCCCGUUACCCACGCAGCUGGGGGUCGGAGACAGUAUAGGGCACCCCCGGAGGAUGAACGACUCAAAGAGAUCGCAAAACAGCCUCGUAGACUCACCCUCGGGGCUGUGGAUGGCAUCAGCGAGCUCGAACAUAUCCCACGCCCCUCCAUGGGGAACGGGGCGAUAUCGGCACAACUUAAAAGCAAGAGUCAGGAUUACGGAGCCUUUCAGCGUGCGAUUGAGGAGCAGAUCAAUCUUGACACACUUGAGAUCCUGAAGCAGGCGUUUGUAGAGGCUGACGAGGAUGGUUCCGGGGAACUUGAACUUGACGAGUUUAAGGCCCUCCUCAAGGAGCGUCUGCACCUCAAGGGAACCAAUUUUUCUAGUGAUUCUCGCUACAAAGUUCCGGUAUUGUUUCCUCACCUUGAUCGUUUCACGAAACGGGAUGCACAGAUAGACUCCCUGUUUAUGAAAAUUGACUGGUCAUCCGAUGGAGCCAUCACUUGGGACGAGUUCUGUACCUACAUGCAGCUUGAGUAUGCCGAGAAGGAAGAUUCCUACCUCCGCUCAAAAGAUGUCGCGUUCCAUCUUCCCGCCAAAAUCAUAAACUGCCGCGAAUCUAUCUUGAGAAUCACAGACACGUCCGACGGCACUUUUGUAGCCUGCAGUUUGGACGGCAAUGUGUCAUUCAUGGGGACAAAUAUGGACAUUAAAAAACACAAAUGUCUCAUUAACAAUGAACCUGGACUUAAGCAGAAGCAGAAGUGGAUAACAGACUUUGUGAUAAUGAAUGAAUUUAACAAAUUUCUUGUUGGAACUGGGGACAGAGAAAUCCAGUUUUAUGAACUGUCCUCGCUUGACCCUUACUGCCAGGUCAGUGGACUGGACACUGUGCCGUUAAAACUGGACUAUUGCUCUACGGGGACUGAUGAAUGUCUGAUCCUAUAUGGGGACAGUCUGGGCUGUAUCAACAUCCUGCUGGUCAACUCGGCUGGCGAAUGUCUCAGAACAUGGAAGAAGGCACCCAAGCAUGAUGGUAUAGCCAGUGUAAGUCUAGACAGCGUUAUAAAAGUCCAGAAGGUGCAGUAUCUCCGCUGGCAGGUCCAUGGAGACUGGGUGCAGCAGCUCAAAUACUAUCACAACAUAGGUCAGAUAAUAUCCUGUUCCAACAACGCCAACACAGCACUCGUCAUUGGGUGCACAACGGGUUCUACACAUGUAGAAGCUCAACUCAAGGAGACCAAGGACCCCGAAGACCGAGCUAGAAGGACAAAUGUGGCCAAACCGAGGCUGGAGGCCGACCAAUCAGUGUUCUAUGUCUAUAAAGGAGUCAAGUGUUUUGAUUUCUGUAAAAACAAAAAUGUUAUUGUAACUGGAGGUAUGGAUAGAAUUGUGAGAUUAUGGAAUCCCUAUGUGCCAGGGAAACCCACAGCACUACUGCGAGGACACAAUGCCCCGAUAUUUUACCUGUUUAUCGCUGAGGAGGAAAGCAGAAUCUUCAGUAUAUCUACAGACAAGUGUGUCAAGAUAUGGGAUAUCCAGGACCACAACUGUUUGCUGACAAUCCGACCCAAAGCUCACAAAAUUCACGGCGACCUUCAGGCCUGCCAUUACUCCAACAUCGCCAAAUCCCUCGCCGUGGCAACCGACCAGAAGCUGGCGGCCCUCAACCUCAGGCAAAAACCGGUGCUACAUGCGGACAUCACAAUCACACACAAGGAACCAGUAACCUGCUGUAAAUACAACCCAAGCUUUAACCAAGUCAUCACCUGCUCAGAGGGCUCCGUGAUCAAACUAUGGGAUUUUGAGUCAGGGGCAGGAAUAUUUGAAUUUGGAGAUGCUCACGGAGAGGCAGCGAUAACGUGUAUGACCUUUGACUCCACAGGGAGAAGAUUACUGACAGGUGGGAGAGAUGGAACUAUUAAGAUCUGGAAUUAUAACAACGGCCAUUGUUUAAGGAUGCUAAAGAAAGAUGCAGAAACAGACGAAGUUUGUGAUUUAACAUAUGUAGAAAUGAACAGAAACAGAUACGUGAUAUCCGUUGGCUGGGACAGAACUAUCAACAUUUAUUCGGACGACGCCAAUGCUGAUAGCAAUAUCCACCUCGUACAGAACCCAAAUCUGUUCUGGGCUGACGAUAAGAAAAACGGCCACAAGGAAGAUAUACUGGCUAUCGCUCAGAGUCCACCCAACUUGAUUGCCACAGGAAGCUACGACGGCGAGGUCAUCGUGUGGAACAUGGUGUCGGGUCACAUCUUCUGUCACCUGCGCGCCGCUGUACCACCAAACUAUGAGGAUGAAUCAUUGGACGGGGACAUGAGUGUAAACAAGCUGGUAUUUCUCAAGUCUCGGGAGUCUCGCAAAGCUUCCGCUUCACUCAUCGCUAGCGGGCCUCAUGGACAUAUCCACUUUUGGAACGUGUUUCAAGGUGGCAGCAUGAUGGCGCAGUUCAAGGGGUCAAAGUCGAGUGGCGGGAUGAUAACCACCAUGGCUACUGACGACGCCAACACCAUGUUGUUCUGUGGUGAUAGCCUCGGCUUUAUACUCAUCUACGAUGUGGACGGUUAUUGUCUCAACGGCAAGACAAAGGCACCCCCUACCUUAAUCCACUCGUGGCGAGGUCAUGUCGACAGUGUCCUGAACCUGGAGAUGGUGGAGAAGAAUAAGGUCAUUCUCACAGCAUCCAUGGAUUGUACGGUUAGGAUGUGGACGUUCAACAGCGACUACAUUGGUACCUACGGUCAGCCGGAGCCUUGGGACCUCUAUGACCCCUCCACCUUCCAGCAUCCCAUGGUGCCGUAUGAUGUACUGAUUGACCCCAUGAGUCUACCGCCUCAUCCUAUUUUUGACCAGAUCAGCGAGACGCCGGACCUGCUCAAGGAUACCACUAAGACAGAGGAUGCGCCGGUGAGAACCCCAACCCCACAAGUAUUACAAGGCAAAAACCAAUUCUUUGUGGAUGAUGACACGAUCGCCCGACAGCUGAAGGAUCUUUCGGGAACUCUCAAGGAUGAAAAAUUAAACGAGGAAGAGAUUCAGAAGUUCAGAGGAAAAUGGCUUCGACACGAGAAGACGAAGAUCAAGCCAACAGACCGUGGCGGUCCGAAUGAGUACCACAUGCUGAAGUGGUCACCCCUCAAGGAUACACCCAUGCCCCCUCCCCCAAAGCAUCGCUUCAAUAAGGAAAACCCUCUCGAUUUUACCAUAUCAUCAUAGCACACGUGACUGAAGUAGCCUACUUAACUAUAGUCUUAUCGUGUGUGACCCAAUAGUCUGUAAUAAUCUGUGAUACACUGACCCAGGAACAUCAACCGUUGAGUGCCAACUGUAGGUUUGAUAAAAUGUACUAAGUCAACGUUUUGAAAUGUGCGGGUCGCAAAAGCUAAGAACAAAUUUGAUAAUUCAAAAAAAAAAAUAUUUUUUAAAAUUGUAAAAAGCAAGCAUGCUUUUACACUGCAAUGUCAAGAAUUUAGCUGACUAAAAAUAAAAACACUGGCCACAUUUUCAGAGAGUGAAUCGCUGUUGAAAUUUAGUGAUAAAUAAUAAAUUUAUAUAUUUCA